AAAGUCAACGCUCGUGUUGCCUUCCAGUUCGCCGGCUCAUCCCUUGAAUCUCCAAGUCCCCAAGGCUCUUCUUACACUGUACCUGGAGGUAACCCUAACAUCUACCUUACCUUGCCGCUCCGACCCUCCUAUGUGCGUAAGGUAUCUGCCGAAGCCACUCAAGCGCGUCUGCUCGUCAGCCAGAGAUAAAAUGCUCCGGGCGCGAGCAAACGACUCAUCCCAUCUUUCACCACAACUCAACCAUCUCUCAGUUUUUUCCAGAACCCGCAGUACCACGAACAACAAUAGCUUGUUUGAUAUGGAAGAGACUAUCAUCAGUAGUAGUAGCAAUACUAAUAACAUCUCCUUCACUGAAAGCGAUAUCCUCACCCUGCAGCGCAGUUAUGGUGAGGAUAUCUGGACACCCCGGAGGAAGAUGCGACGCAAAAAUGCUCAUCGCGCACAGCCAACCUGCACAGCCCGACAGACUUCGGUUACCAUCAUGGGCAAAGUCUACAUCACUGAGACUCCUUCAGCAGUGGUCAGCCCAUGUCAAUUAACUUGUGCCAGGCCCGAUUCCAAACAUGAACCAUGGAUGGAUCCCUCCUUGUGAGUCUUUGCCGUAUCCCACCCUCCCUCGACUUAUGUGCUGGCAGUGUCGCGGACAGCCUGUUGUAAUUGAAAAGCUCAUCUUGGCCGCGAUUUGCGGCUCCCACGCAAGUCUUCACCACGUUUCAUCUCGUCUUUGUCUCUCCUGACCGCCGUGUAUCAGCGAUCGUUAUCACUGAAGCGGCGAAUGCUG